GUGUGGAAGCACCCGUUUUCUUCAUCCUUCUUAAGAAAUUACAGUGUCCACUAAAAAUAAGAAAAACAAAAAUGAGGUUCAAAUCAGUUCUCUUGUGUUGCCUUUUGGGAUUGGUUCUUAUCUCAGCUGUAAUUGCUGAUAAGCCAUCUAGAGAUGCUGUCCAAGCUGUAACGACGGAAGACCUAAAUAAUCCCAAUGUAAGAUGCUUGGGUUUUACAAUCAAUUGUGGCGGUGGAGGUGAUGGUGGUGGCGGCAGUAGCGGCAGCGGCGGCGGAAGUGGUGGUGGAAGUGGCAGCGGAAGUGGCAGUGGAAGUGGCGGUGGAAGUGGAGGAGGUGGUUAUGGUGGUGGCGGAUGGAGGUGGUUAUGGUGGUGGAGGAAGUGGCAGCGGUGGCGGUGGAAGUGGUGGUGGAGGAGGUUAUGGGGGAGGAGGUGAUAGUGAAUGUGGAGGAGGUGGAAUAUAAUAAUAGGACAUUAUAGUGGUGGCAAAUAUUAAAAAUGUCACUAAAAUCAUGUAAUUCAUAAUCUAUAAUCCAAUGUAACUGAAGGCGGAUCAGCCUAUAAAAAUUUUCUAUUUCAUGUUUGUGCCAAAA